GACGUGGUGCUGGAAAGCCAUGUAUUUCUUUUUGGCCACAGGUCUUAGCUUCCUCUACGCAGGAUUCGGCUGGGUGCCGCCAUCGUUUGUGACUGGCGGCCUCUGGAUUAUCUUCGACAUAGCCUUCGGCAUGUCUUGGCUGGUGUUUUGGGCUGUGUGGAUAUUCUUGCUGCCCUUUGCGUGGUACGUUGGGAACCAGUGGGCUCUGGACGAGUUGCUGUCGCCGCUGCCUUUCUAUUUCCACAACGCCAACAUACUUCUGAUGUGCGCAGAGCUGAUGUUUUCGCGCUGGACGGUGAAUCUCGAGCACUGCAUCUUUCCUGUGUACUUCGGCUUAGCUUAUCUCUACUGGAACUGGUGGCUCUACUCGAAGAUUCGGGUGUGGAUCUACUUCUUCCUCGAUUAUGACAGGCCUUCCUCGGUACCUGUUUGCCUGAUUCUGGUGUCCCUCAUUGUGGCCUCGUUUGAUUUCGGCGCUUGGCUUGCCAAGAUCUUGAAGUGA